AUGACUGGAUAUUAUCCCUGGGAUGGAUCAAGCUUAAAGUCUUUGGAGAUAGAUCUGAAGGCUUUGGAGAAGCUGGAUCAUUUUGCUUCAAAGCUGGACACCAAGGGGACAGUGGAGGAGUUAGUGCAAGCACUUAUAUAUGAUGCCAAAACUGAGCUGGAGAAAACCAGAGCUAUCUGGAUAUGGAUCUGCUAUCACAUAGAGUACGACACUAAGGGAUACAACAAUAAAGCUCUGCGAUCUACAGAACCAAAUGUAAUACUGCGUACAAGAAAGGGAGUCUGUGCUGGAUAUGCUUCACUUUUCCAACAUAUGUGCAGCAUUGCCGGACUCCAGUGUAAGCAGGUCAUUGGUUAUUCUAAAGGUGCUGGAUAUCAGAUAGGAAAGAAGUUCUCUGAGACAAACCAUGCCUGGAACAUGAUUUAUUUGGAAGGAAGUUGGCACUUGUUGGACAGCACAUGGGGAGCAGGGCACGUUGAUGACAAUCACUCAAAGUUCAUCUUUAAGUACAACGAAAUUUAUUUCCUCACUCACCCAGCUAUUUUCAUCACAAAUCACUUACCUGAAGAGCCAGAUUGUCAGCUAUUGGAAACAUGUUUAUCUCGUCAGCAAUAUGAAAAAAAUGUAGAUCUUAAUGACCACUAUUACAAUCUCAGCAUGGUUUCCUACCACCCGCAAACUUGUGUUAUUGAAACAGUGAAAGGAAAAGUUUCCAUCGUCAUUAAAAGCCGUUGUAACAUGAAAUUCCUCUUUACACUCAAUAAAACAGAGAGACCCGGUUUGUUGAAAUUGACCAACAAUGGAAUGACUCUUGAUGUUUAUCCCCAAAAAACUGGAAAACACAUUCUGUCCAUUUUUGCCAGUAAUGCAGACUCUGAUAAGGUAUAUAAGCAAAUCAUGGAUUACAGAGUAGACUGCAGUUCUGUUGAUACCAGUAUGAUCAUACCCAAAUGUCUUAAUAAUCCCGUUGGCCCAAACUGGAUAUCAGAAAAGGCUGGAUUAUUUAACCCCUCACAUCCUAAUCCAAUCAUUUAUACUGAUGAUGGGUGCUGUACUAUUAGUUUUGCUUUAAAAAAGGACAUAAAACUUCUCUGCACUUUAGAGUCUGAUGAAGGAAAAUUAACAAAAGAAAUGGAGAGUAGAAAUGUCCUCCAAACUCAAACAAAAGACAACGUGGAGAUUAAAGUCCACCUCCCAAGCUCAGGAACAUAUGUUUUAAAAGUGUUUUUUAAGCCAAGUGACAGUACCAGCUCUUCAUACAACUAUCUAUGUAACUACCUCAUUGUGUGUAACAGCACUAGUAUGAAGUAG